UCACGUGGGCGAGUCCUAGCUGAAGCCUUUGGUCUGGGUCUGUCAUGUGACCGGGGUCCUUGGUUCUCGGGGAUGGAGGCGGAAGACGGGACGCCGCCGCUGUGGCGGCUGCAGAAGUUGCCUCCGGAGCAGGGUCCCCCGCUUCUUCACAAAAUAAUUGAUGGCAUGUGUGGCCGAGCUUACCCUGCCCACCAUGAUUAUCACAGCAUUUGGGAUUUUACCGAAUGGAAGCAUGUUCUGGAAGAUGUGACCAUGUUUUUCAAAGCUGUAGUUGGCAGAAACCUUUCAGAUGAAGAGACACUCCAGCAGUUGAACCAACUGAAUUCGUAUCAUCAAGAAGCAGUUAUGAAAUGCUUGAAGAGCAGGAAAAAUGAGAUCAAGCAGGCCCUGUUGGGAGAAAUAGUUGAUAUUUCUUGUGCACAGCUACAGGAUUUUGAUUGGCAGUUAAAGCUCGCGCUUUCAAGUGACAAGAUCGCCACUCUGCAGAUGCCACUUUUAAACCUUCAUCUGGAUGUGAAGGAGAACGGUGCAGUGAAACCAUACUCUAUUGAAAUGAGUAAAGAGGAGCUACAGAAUCUAAUCAGUUCCUUGGAGGCAGCUAAUAAGGUGGUCCUGCAGUUAAAAUAACUGGAAAUGGCGAAUUUCAACUGCCAGAUUUCUCUGCUGCACCGAGGCAAAGUGAAUGCUGUGUUCAGAGGGUGGAUACUCCAGCAGGCUGAGCGGAGGCAACACUGAGAUUACAGAGAUGAGAAUCUGUCAGCACCCUAAAGAACAGGAAAUUGUAUGGCUGAAUGGCUGAUAGGAAAUACAUAAAAUGAAAGAUGAAAAACAGAAGUUACUGUUUGUGUUUUCACAACGAUCGUCUUGUCUCAUUUAUUAAAUAUUUGAGAAAUCUUUAGAUAACGAUUUAUCGAAAGGUAAAAGUAAGUUCUAGAGUAACAAACACACAAAGCAGACAUACAGAACUGUUGCUUCAGUAUGAAUAGCAGGACAUGUAUUAUGAAUAUAUAAUUUGUGAUAUGGGAAAAUGCUUUAAAGCAUAUAUAAGCUGCAUAUGUAACUCAGGAUCGGUUGCAUGUCUUCAUGUUUCAAAGAAAAGAUUUAAGUUGUAAAGUUUAGAGAAAAGUCUUAUCAGACAUGAUCAAGAAAAUAUUUAAAAUUUGUGAAUGAUUUGGGAUUUAUGAAUUUUAUGAACUAAAGCAUAAACUGCAAGAAAUGAAAAUAACAUGUUAUUUCUGCACAUCCCCACCUCCUGGAGAGACUGGUCUGAGAAAAAGAGAAAGCUGUCCUUGAUUGUGCAAUGUACAUAUUGUUACUCACAUGCAAGUUUGUUUUUAUACCUUCUUAGUAUGGAAUUUGAGCUUUGGGGUGGUCACAAAUUAAUUGUAAUAUAAACCAUUUUUCAUCUCAGCUAACUUUAAAAAUGAGCAUUCUUAACAAAUAAUAGUGUCUGGUUUUAUCUUUAUGUAUUCUUGGUUUCAGUGCCUUCCUGCAUAUCUCAGUGGUUGGUAUGUAAUUAGAUGGCCCCUGCUGUUAGCAGUUCCAGAGCAAUGAUGAUACUGUUCCCUUCAUACAGCUGCAGGCAGGCUCAGACAAGGCUGUGUAGCGAGUGUUACUCUGUGGGCUGUGGUAGAACAGUGACUAGAGCAGGAGUUGCGGACAGAACACUCCUCAGUGUACUUCUUUUUCAUUAAGAAAUUUGGGGUGUGGAACGUGUAUCCAAAUGGUGUGCUUCGUGUGGUUGCUGAUUUCCUCUGAGGCAAGUAAGUCCCUUAGUCAGAAUGGAACACUGACAUUUGCAGAGUAGUGCACAGGAGGCCUGGUCCUGUGGUCUCUCCAUUAUACCCUUGCUUUCAGUGUAGCCCCUUUGCAAGGGAAUACCUUUCUUCCCCUCCCACACGUGGUUCCAGCAGCCUGUUUCAUCUUCCUCGAGGUUUGAUUGACAUACUGUCUCAGUUGGGGACAUUUUGACUGACAGAUACUCAUGAAAGCUCCAUGGUCAAAGUUCUUUUUCUCUUCACUGUUGGUAAUGGGUGCAGGGCAGUGUGCUUUACCACUGAGAUCUCUAAAACAACAAAUUGAAUCAUGUCUUUCCAGUGUCUGUUUGUCUGUCUGUUUGUUUCUGGACAGUGCCUUACACUGUUGUCCAGGCUGGCCUAGAAUUUAACUAUGUAGACCAGGCUGGGCCUUGAACUCACAAUAGUCAUCUGGCCUGAGAUUUCCAAGUACUAGGGUUACUGGUAUGGGCCAGCGUGCCAAACGUUAGCAUUAUUCGAGUUUUAUUCCUAAUGCACACGUAAGUACUUUGCUCCUUUUUAUUGUUGAUAAGUAUCAUGUUGUAGAACUCUGUUUAUCUGUUGAUAGCAUUUUGGUGGUUUCACAUUUGCCCAUUACAGUCUAGAGAAUGCUAUGAGCAUUUUGCACGAAUAUCUUAUUGUGGACAAAAAAAUGGUAUUUUUGGAGUGACAUAGUUUGGUCAUGUGAUAGGUUUAUGUUUUUAAGAUACCACCACUGUUAUUCAGAGGGAUUUUUUAAACCCAUUUUCCAUUGCCAGCAGUAUAUGGAUGUUCUGAUCCACCUUAUCAAUACUUCAUGUGGCCAGUCUUCCUGAUUUAGCUAUUUUGGUGUGCAUGUGGUGGGAUCUCGUUGUGCUUGCGACAGUCACUGAUGCCCAGCCACGUCCACCAUCUCUCAACACGGCUUCGCUGUCUGUACAUCUCAGUGGACUCCGUUCAGAUCUGUCGCCAGUUUUUAAGGUGGUCUCAGUUCUUGUUUCGUAGUAUUGCGUUUUGACAGUUCCUAUCCAAUGCAAGGGCUUCAGAUACUUUUCUCCACACUUAAGAUCUUUUUCUCUUCCCUGUAAGCAGUAGUACUGAUUUCAGAGAGCAGCAUUAGACUUACAGAAAGGUCAAGAGUGCAAUAUAGAAUUUCCAAAUGGUCUCUAGUUUCUCCUCUUAACUGGUUAUGCUGGUAUAGAGCACUUUAAAAAAAUUUUUUUUUUUAGGUUUUUUUGAUACAGGGUUUCUUCUCUGUGUAACAGCUCUAGAUGUCCUGGAACUCAGGCUGUCCUCAAACUCAGAGAUCCUCCCAUUUCUGCCUCCUGAGUGCUGGGAUUAAAGACAUGCACCACCACAGUUCAGCAAUAUAAUGCACUUGUGAGGAACUACAACAUUUCUGUUAGCUAAGUUUCAUAGAUUAUUUGGAUUUCUUAAGGUCUUAUCUGCCCUCUCAUCUUGCUAUUUCAACCGAAAUAAUGUGUAUCUUUUUAGGUUCUCUUUGCUGUUUGUUCCUCAGACUUCUUCAUGUGAUUUGUGACCUGAUGCUGACUGUCAUCACCUGGGGAAGGUAACACUAGUUAGCCUUCCUCACUGUGAAGUCACUUUCCAGCUUCCUCAUUCCAGGCUUUUCUCUGUGGGUGGACAUGACUGUUCAGCCUGGGCUAGAGUGGGGAGUGGGGGGAGGGUGGGGGUGUGAUCUUUUCUACCUGCUUAGGAAUUCACAAUUUUUUUCUUUGUUUUCUCCCAUAAAUUAUUUUGCCUUUUAUGCAAAAGAGACACUUGUGGGUAUCUCUUUUGUGCCUGGGGUGUUUUAUUACUGACAUUAUUUUAGCUCUGCUCAAGCUCUUUUAGUUGGUUUCUGUGUCCCUUUGACACAUUUGUGUCAGCAGGGUGGGAUUUUUUUUUUUGAUGGGUAAGCAGUUUUAGUUUUUACUUUUUUGCUUUGGAAAGGAUUGCUCUACUUUCUGACAGCACAAGGAAUUCUAGGCUCCUCUUUGUAUAACAUUUCUUUAUAACAAAAGAUGCAUCUCUUUUUAUUUUCUGUGCGUGUUUUGCCUGCAUGUAUGUCUUGUCAUCAUGUGUAUACCUGGUGCCUGGAGGGACCAGAAGAUGAUGAACUGGAGUUACAGACAGCUGUUACAGCCACAUGAGUGCUGAAAAUUGAACCCUAGUCCUUAGGAAGAGGAGCCAGAGCUCUAACUUGUGAACCAUCUCUCCAGCCCCUGUGUAGUUUCCUACCUAGUCCUAGAAUCAGCUGAUUCUCCAAGAAGCCCAGGAUCUUUCUGAAGAUGGUUAUUAGAAACCAAAUGAGAUAUGCUGUGCUCACUGAUACUUUGAGCUGUGUAGGCUUUCACAGAGCAGCCAGAGCAAAGAAUAUGUGUGUCUAUCCUACCCUGUGCAACACACACAUCUGUACCCGUUUCUAUAUAAUCAUGUGUGUCUACAGUAGGCUAAAUGACUUCAUUCUGAUAACCACCUCUGUUGUUGCGCAGGUCAUUUUAGCCUCAUCUAUAAAUAUCCACCCCAGAAGAACCCUGGGCCCUAGCAAGUGCCAUCCGUUUUUCUUACUGUAUAAUUCCACUACAAAUAUAUAGCAGAAUCAUUUAUCUGUGGGCCUGUGGGCCCUGUGCAUGCUUCUCACCUUCACUUUACAGACUCAUUUCCAAAGUUACGUAUGUCAACAGCUUUCCACCCCCUUCCACCUGCUUCAGUGGGGUGGUUUCAUGCGUUCACAGUAUAGGUAGGCACUUUGCUGCUGUCGUUUUCUUUUUUUCUUUUUUUGUCAGCCUUCCCGGCUUCAAAUGUUUCCUGGGACUCUUCAGCUCUCUAAAUGAUUUUUGUAAUGCAUGCAUUUGUGUUAAAUAUUCCUAUCAGUUUUGGCUAAUAGGUCGUGCUUGUAUCCACCAUUGUUCUGGCUGGUUUUGGAAGUCAACUUGACACAAGGAAAGAGCCUAGGUUGAGGAAAUGUGUCAAUGAGAUCAAGGGUAAGACAUUUUCUCAUUUGGUGAUCAGUGGGGGAGGGCAUAGCCCAUGGUGGGUGGUGCCAUCUCGGGGGCUGCUGGUCCCGGGUUCUGUAAGAAGGUGAACUGAGUAGCUCCCCCUCCAUGGCCUCUGCAUCAACUCCUGCCUUUGGGAUUCUGCUCAUUUGUGUUCCUGUCCUGACUUCCUUCAGUGAUGAACAGCAAUGCUGAAGUGUAAGCAAAGCAAACCCUUGCCUCCCCAAUUUACAUUUUGGUCAUGGUGCUUCAGUGCAGCACUAGAAACCCUAACUGAGACAACCGUGUAGAGUAAUUAGUUCAACACCAAGAAAAGCCCAUCUUCAUCUGCCCAUCCCUCUCCAUCCAAAGAAUUUCUGAUGGCUGCCGAGUUUUCCAUUUCUCUAAUGUGUUUCCUUUUUUAGAGUGUCACAUGGAGUCAUGUAGCAUAUUGUCAAGUCACAUAGCAACAGGUGUUCCUGCCUCACUUGUUCAUGGCUUGAUCAUUUCCCUUUUAAUCUCUGAUGUUUCACUGUACUAUUUUUUUAACUUGUCAAAACUGAGAAUAAAGCUGCUGUAAACACUCCUAGGCAGCAUAAUUGGGUAAUAUGUAGGAGCAUAGCCGUUGGAUUAUAUAGUAAGAAUGUUUAUCGAAGAAACAGCCAAUGUCUUGUGUGUGUGUAUUAAAAUGGGAUAACUGAAUUCUA